AUGUGGUCCAGCGCACGUCACGACGGAACGCAGCAAUCGGUCCUGCUGGCAGUCGGUGCACUGACGGCCGUCUACGCCUCGUGGAAGCUCCUGAGUCUGCCUGUGCCAGUGCCGGAUCCAGGAAUGGAGACGCUCUUCCGACCGUCAUCGACACUGCCGAUCCUGGGCAACACGUUGGACGUGCUGCUCUUCAAUCGCUACCGCAUGAGCGACUGGAUCAACGACCAGACCGACGCAAGUGGAGGCAAACCGUGGCUCCUCCAGCUGCUCUUCCAACCUCCGUGGGUCGUGCUCUCCUUGCCGAACGACCUCCACGACGUCUUUGUCGACAAGUUUGACGUGUUCGAGAAGGGCGGAGCUCUCCAAGACAUUUCCUUCGACGUCCUGGGCAAUGGACUGCUCAAUGUGAACGGUGCCAAGUGGAAGCAGCAACGUCGAGCUGCCAGUCACCUCUUCUCGACCAAGAGUAUCCGGCAGGUCAUGGAGCCCGUGAUCCGCGAGAAGACGCGGCAACUGCGAGACGUCCUUGCCCAGUGUGCCAAGCGUGGCCAGACGGUCAGCAUGAAGUCGCUCUUGGGCAAGUUCACGAGUGACGUGUUCACUCGCAUCGGGUUCGGCGUCGAGCUCGACCAACUUGCUGGCGAUGUGCUUCUGGACGAGAUGCACCCUCUUGACAUCGCCCUGCGCGCCGUGCAGAACCGUUUCCAGACGCCCAUGUGGAUGUGGAAACUCCAGCGGUUCUUCAACGUUGGGGCGGAGAAGCGGCUUCGAGCCAACAUGAACAUCGUGAAUGACAUGGUGCGGGACAUCAUGGUUCGAUCCAUGAGAGAGGCGCAAUCGACUGGCGAGGACCAGCUCAACGUCUUGGCGCUCUUGAUGAGGGACAAUGCCAACGCGAACCCGCGCGAGCUCCAGGACACGGCUGUCAACUUCUUCAUCGCCGGGAAAGACACGACGUCGUUCAGCCUGUCGUGGCUCAUCGUGAUGAUGAACCGAUACCCUCGCGUGUUGCAAAAGAUUCGCGAAGAGCUUCGAGCCGUGGUCCCGGGGCUCUUGACUGGAGAAACGGACGUCCCAACGCUUGAGGAGACGCAGCAGCUUGUCUACCUGGACGCCGCAGUGAAAGAGAGCGUGCGGCUGCAGUCCGUCUCCACGUACCGAUGCACGACUCGAGACGCGACGCUUUCCGAUGGCGCUUUCAUCACGAAAGGGACCGUCGUGGUCGUUUCCAAACCCGAGCGCUGGUUCGACGAGGCAACAGGAGCGCCCAAGAACAUCACGCCGCCGCAGUUCAUCACGUUCAGCACGGGACCACGCAAGUGCAUUGGCAUGCGUCUCGCCAUGCUCGAGAUGAAGACUGUCAUGGCCGUUCUCUUCAGUCGCUUCGAGAUCGAAACAGUGGAAGACCCGUUCGAGAUCACCUACGACUUUUCCUUCGUGCUGCCGGUGAAAGGCCCGCUGGCUGUGCGUGUCCGUGAACUCGCCGCAUGCUGCGCGUAG